CUAAGAAAACUCAACUCAAACAAUUUCUUUUAAACUAUUCAUUAUAUAUAUAGGAAUCACCAAAUCCAAUUUGUUCAAGUUCCAUUAUAGCAUUGAUAUAGUUUACAAUUACAAGAGCAAUACCAUAAGAAAUUAUGUCUACCUUGCAAUCAUAUGACUAUGAAGAUGUGCAUCCAAAAAUUGAAAAAAAGAAUACUCCAGAAUCACACCUUCUGAUUGUUCAAAUUCCUGAUGGUUUUGCACGAGGGGAUAUUGGUGCUAAAGUUGAGUAUGAUUUUGGAAGGGUGAGAGUUUUUGGUGAAAGAUCAGGUGGAUCAAAUAAAAUGAUUCGUUUCAAUGUAAAGUAUCAAAUUCCAUCACAUUGUGAUAUUGGCAAUAUUAAAGGUAAGAUUGAUGGAAAAAUUGUCACUAUUACAAUGCGAAAUAUUCCAGAUAGAGCUGUCCCCCAAGAAGAAGAAGAACCAACUCAAGAAAAUAAUAAUAAAGCUGAGGAGGUAAAUGAUCAAAAGGAUCAACAAAACACUUCUGAUCAAGAUCCUAAAUCAAAUGUUGAAAGUAAAGAAGAUGCUCAAAAAGUGACUAUGCCUCAAAAAGUUCAAGAAGAAAAUUCUCAAAAAGAUCAAGUUACAAAAGUUGAUAGCAAAGGAGAGACUUAUCAUGAGACUUCAACUUCACAAGAAGCCACACAAGAAUCUACACCUCAAAAGGUUCAACAAGAAAUUUCUCAAAAAGAGUCUUUACCUCAAAAGGGACAAGAAGAAAUUUCUCAAAAGGAGUCUUUACCUCAAAAGGGUCAAGAAGCAAUUUCACAAAAAGAGUCUUUACCUCAAAAGGGCCAAGAAGAAAUUUCUCAAAAAAAGUCUUUACCUCAGAAGGAUCAAGAAGAAAUUUCUCAAAAAGAGUCUUUAGCUCAAAAGGGUCAAGAAGAAAUUUCUCAAAAAUCUCAAGUUACAAAAGUUGAAAGUAAGGAAAAUACUCAUCAAGAGACUUCAACUCAAUCAGAAGGUACACAUGAGUCUAACCCUCAAAAGGGUCAAGAUCAAGGAAUUCAAAAUAAACCUACAGAUACAAAAGAUGCAAAACUUCAAACAGAAGAAAGUGUAAAAGAUGAGAAUAAGGAAAAGCAAAUGGUUGUAAAGGAAGAAACUAAGGAGCAUCUUAAGAAAGCUAUAGAAUCAGAAAAGUCACAUGUGGUAGAUGAUUCUUCCCCUACACUUGAAAGGAAAACCAAGGACGAAAGCAAAGGAUCUGCCUCAGUUGAAACUUUUCCUCCAAAGAAAACAUACAAAGAGAAGGGAAAGGAAAUGAUUAAUGAUAAAUUUGGUGAUCAUGAUGAGAAAAAGAUUCUUGAAUCAACAAGGACAAGAAUCAAAGACAUGGCUCUAUCCACUACUCAAGCUGUAACCAGUUAUGCAAAGAGGUUCAGUGAAGAAGAUAAACAAAAGCUAAUAUACACUGGUGCAACAAUUCUUGUGGUUGCACUUGGUGUUUAUGCUUCCUACAAGUAUCGUUCUUCGCGUAGAGCAUAGGCAAAUGGCAUGAUCUAUUUCAAUUGACAUGGUUUCUUAUUGAUAUAUUUCAUUUCAAAAGAUAUUGUACAACAAGCUUGUGAAACUCUAGUGUUGAAUCAUGAUCAAGUUGAAAUGUUUAUAAGAUUUGAUUUACUACGCUAUUGUAUCAUACUAUACAAAUAAAAAUAAUUUGUCUUGAGCAACAAA